CAUGCGGAUUUAUUGUACAGAUUAUUUCAUCACCCAGGUAUUAAGCCUAAUAUCCAUUAGUUAUUUUUCCUGAUCUUCUCCCUCCACCCACCCUUCACCCUCCAAGACCAAGAAAUCUUACUCCAUCUUCAAUUAUUCCCCUGUGGAGCGCUUAGUGCUUGAGGUCAGCCCUUUGGCUUGCCCCGGUCCUGGGAUGGAGUGCAUUUGGGGGCCAGGCUCCAUAUUCCUAGAUUUUAUUGGCCAACUCUGCCUGGGGACUCAGGGAAGUAAGGGUUAAAUACAGAGAGCAGCUCUUUCAGCGAAUAGUUCUGCUAGAACUUACUGCUCUGCUCCAAACUCUCACACCGGUUUCCAUUCCACCAAGUGGGCAAGAGCGGGAACUUCGAGAGAUGCAGACCUCCAGAAGAGAAGGGUGGGUCCCUGUUCUAGGGAGUGCUGCGUUUAAUGAGUAGUACUCAUUUGGAGGUGUGCUGUGGAGGGCUGUGAGGGGGAUUUCCCAUGGGCUCUUUGGGAAGAGGGGAGCGAUAGAAAUGAAUCAGGUUUCCAGAGAAGUCUUCAUAAUGGUUCUUUCUGCCACCCUUCACACAAAGCCAGUCUACAAGCUGUAGUUUCACUUUUCUCAAGGGUGAAACUACACGGGGGGAAGGAGCUUCAGUGGCCCAAGCUACAAGAUGCUCCCUCUAGUGUCUUGCAGGCUCACAAAUUUUCCCGACCUUGGAGAGGCCUAGUGAUCUAAAGCCUUCCACUUAAGUCUAAGGGGCCACCAAUCAAGUCCUGCCCGCCUCUGCAGCUCCAGGGUUGAAGCUCUUGGGCCGUCACACCUGCCACUCAUUUUCUUCCUCCCUUCCCAUUGGCUCGGGGUAGAUAGCGAGGCUUUUUUUUUUUUUUCUUUCAUUGAUUGGGCGGGGCCCAAUCAGGGGUGGGUUGGGUCUUUGACAGCUUUCUUUGCCAGAUUCAAAGAUGGCGCUUAUGGCCACGCUAAGAAUGUAGCGUGAAGCUGCAGUUCUGCCAUCACUCAAGAUGGCUGCCCCCAUCAAGAUGACCGGGGUGUGCCGGGGCGGAAAGGGGCAGUAUCAUGGUCUGAGAUGGUCUAGCAUCGGACCAUGUGGAAGUUUCUGAGACUAGGGAGCCGGAUAAUGGGGGGUGGGACCCGUUGGAGGGUAAUGGGGCAAUAGCGUCCUUUCACAGGCUAACCCCGGCCCUUCCCUGUCCUCUGGACUAAAAUGGGGAACACAUUGGGCCUGGCACCAAUGGGGACUUUGCCCCGCCGAAGCCCCCGCCGAGAGGAACCCUUGCCCAACCCUGGGAGCUUUGAUGAGCUGCACCGGCUAUGCAAAGAUGUAUUCCCAGCACAGAUGGAGGGCGUGAAGCUCGUUGUCAACAAGGUUCUGAGCAGCCAUUUCCAGGUGGCUCACACUAUACACAUGAGUGCCCUGGGCUUGCCGGGAUAUCACCUCCAUGCGGCCUAUGCAGGGGAUUGGCAGCUCAGUCCCACUGAGGUGUUCCCCACUGUGGUAGGGGAUAUGGACAGCAGUGGCAGCCUGAACGCCCAGGUCUUGAUCCUCUUGGCAGAGCGGCUCCGAGCUAAGGCUGUCUUCCAGACGCAGCAGGCCAAGUUCUUGACAUGGCAGUUUGAUGGCGAGUAUCGGGGAGAUGACUACACAGCCACUCUGACCCUAGGAAAUCCUGACCUGAUUGGGGAGUCGGUGAUCAUGGUUGCUCACUUCCUGCAGAGCCUCACUCAUCGGCUGGUGCUGGGAGGAGAGCUGGUUUAUCACCGGCGGCCAGGCGAAGAGGGGGCCAUCUUGACACUGGCUGGGAAGUACUCCGCUGUACACUGGGUAGCUACAUUGAAUGUGGGAUCAGGCGGGGCUCAUGCAAGUUACUACCACAGGGCAAAUGAACAGGUUCAGGUUGGAGUGGAGUUUGAGGCAAACACAAGGCUACAAGACACAACAUUCUCCUUUGGUUACCACCUGACUCUGCCCCAGGCCAACAUGGUGUUUAGAGGCUUGGUGGAUAGUAACUGGUGUGUAGGUGCUGUGCUGGAGAAGAAGAUGCCACCUCUGCCUGUCACCCUAGCCCUUGGAGCCUUCCUCAAUCACUGGCGCAACAGAUUCCAUUGUGGCUUCAGCAUCACUGUGGGCUGAGGUUGUCCAGAGCCAGCCUCCACAGCAGCUGGAACCUCUGAGUCAGGUGCCCUAGGGCCAGAGACUAGGCCCCUCUCCAGAGCCUACCUUGCUGGGUGACCUCUAGGACCCAGGAGCAGAGUGGCGGAUAGGACCAUGCCCUCCUCAGAACUGGAGCUGCCACAGGGGCAGUUGAUGAGGCAGAGGUUUGAGGAUCCCCCCUCUGCUACCAGCCCCAAUAUCAGCUUCCCCAUGCUCUUGUGGCUCUGGACUAAGGGGAAAGGAUUAAGGGGUGUGGCUGAAUUCCCCCUGGCACCCCUUGCCUCCAGGCUUCCUUCUUCCUUUCCCUUUGGUUAAUCCUGCAUGGGAUUAGCUGACCGUCCUGUUUUCCAUCCCAGAGCCUCCCAAGGCUGGGAAAGUAGGGCUGAAGGGCUAGAUAUUUGGUCUCAGAAAGUAGGGCCCACCCAUUCCCAGAAGGAGCGUCUUUACCUCUUAGCCCUGAGGCUUCCUCCUUCCCAUCUUCUGUGCUUCCAGAGAACAACUUUGUUCCUAUGGCCAACCCCACUAUCCCCAUGACCGCAUGAAGAGGCAGUUAUUGCUUUAGUCUUUCAUUGCAAACACUGGGCUCCCUUUGAACCCGGCCCAAUCUUUGGUCCCAGCAUUUCCCCGCUCCAGUGUAUCCAGGGUGUCCCAGGUGAGCUGGGGAAGGAAGUGAGCCUGGUCUCAGCUGCAGAUCUCCUGGAGCAGUGGCAUCAUGGCAGACAGGCCCUGGAUGUGCUGGAUUUGGUACCCGUAGGCCUCAUUAAUGCUCCGGAGCUCAGCCAGCAGGCCCAGCAACUUCGCAUACAGAAACCUUUGGAGGAAGUAGUGGGGUUGCCAGGAAAACAGGAGGGAAAUAAGGCAGUUGGGAGUGUUGUCUUGAAGCCCUGAUCCCCUGAACUAUUCCUCAGUGAAGCCAGGUCUGAACAUUAGAGAAAAUCAUGCUCUGGUAUGACAGACGAUCAGAGGUUCCAAAGGUCCUCCAGGGGGCCUCAGUCUGACUAUCUUCUUUCACCGUGCUCAGUUUUUUCUGAACCCAGAGCUCUGAGGGCCACGUGUGAAGAAAGUUCCAGACUUGGCCAGAACUCCAACUGUGUGGAAUCUGAGGGCCUGGCCUUCUAGAGCAGGUUCUAGAAGGUGGAUGUGUUCUAUGGUAUAAAGCAUCCCUUUUCUGGCCAAAGUAGCUCUUGGAGGAAUGAGCAAAACAGAAGCAGUGCAUACCUCAGAGCCUGGAUAAAUCACAGACUAUUGAACCUGGAACUGGCUUUGGCCAUGAAACUGUGAAUUGCCAUAACUUCAAGGGAAAUGAAAAAUCAAAGGAAUUGGGCCAAUGGCGAGGAGAGGAAAGGCCAAGGGAAGAGAAAUGUCUGCGUUAGUCUGGAGAAGUUGGACUAGUGAGGUGAUGGAUGUCAUCAAUCUCAGGAAUGCUAUUACCCAGAGCCUCUGAGCUACUUUGCAUCUGUACUGAAUAAUAAAAAAAAAAAGAUCUGGAAAAAGUGAGAUGAAACAGCAGUAUCCAAAUUCAGUAAUUUGGAGGCUGAAACGAUGUGAGACAGGGAUGGCCAGGGGGAAGGACUAGACCCCAAGAUACCUGAAUUCCCUAAGGAAAGGACAGUAAAAAACAUUCCUCCCAA